CUUAUCAAUGAAAGAGAAGUCAGCAAAAAAUAAAAGUAGGCAAAAACUUUAGUCGUUUUGACAUAAUUUAGUCACUUUUUUCCGACUUUUUUUCCCGAUAAAGUGGUUUGAACUACAGAUUGCUAAUUUACUCCAGGUUUAAGCGAGGCAACAAAGCCGAUGCAUCGCUUAUCUCAGUCUUUUAAUGAGGAUUUACACCACGUAUUUGUGAUGGCUGUGAUGAUUUGCUAGUGAUGUGAUUGAUUUCCAAGCGUAUGCGGACAGAUAAAUGUUUUUUUUUAACAACCAAUAAAAAUUCAGAAAACGCUACCAUUUUUAUUCUGAUAGAAAUCGAAAAUACAAAGCGAAACGUUGGCAUCUUCGGUGCGUAAGCAGUCUUUAUUAUGACCGGUUUAUUCCAUUGUUUUCUCCAAAUAAAAUCGAAUAUAAACCUCAAACGUUGACUUAUAAAAACGACCAUCAAGAGGAAGAAUAUAAGGAACCAUAAAAGCAGAUAAAGAUAAGGAUAAUGCUUAAGUUUAGCAAGAUAAGUCGUAUAAUAAAGUAACAAAAAAAUAAUUGUCUCCUCUUGUCUUCAUCUAAUUAAAAAGCUCAAGAAGAUGGUAAACAAACAUAAUUCUCCGUCGUAGCUAGUUUCUCCUCCUAUAUAAAAGAGAACCUUUUAUGUGACAUUUCUCCCUAGAGAAUAGGAAAGUAAUAUAACGUUUUCGUGUAGUGUGUUCACAUAAUGGCUUUUAUGUUUCAACAAAUAAAAAGUAAACACGCUUGAAGUUGUUAUUGUACCUCUUCCCACAAUUAUCUCACGAAAUGCAAAACAUUGCGAAAGGUCAUCAACCGCAACUCAUGAUCAAAUUGUUUAACUUCACAUAAUAAAUCUAAGUAAACCCCAUGUGAGAAACACUUGCGAUAUGACGGUCAACUUUAUUAUUAUUGCGGUAAAAAUAACUCUUCACAGAUCAAGUGGCUUUUGUGUCAACGUAGCGAUCUUGUUAUAACGUUACAUAAAGGGAAAGUCAGGAGCAAAUCGAGCAUAAGUGUGGAGGUUUGAAAACAUGAGUAGUACAGAAAUGGCUAUUGAUCAAAGAUUUGUAUUUUCAGAUAACAUGAUUAUUCGCUGCAGAUUUAUAAAGAAUGAUUAUAUCCCUGUGGAAAUUCUAGAUUUGGACGAUAUUUUGACGAAGAUUAAAGAACUGCUGUGUAAGAGAAUUACGUAUCGGCGUUCGGAGUCAGACUUCACGAAUUUUGAACAUGGUUCUAUUCGCGAUCGAUUAUUAAAUACUCGAAGAAACAGCCAACCUAAUAUUUUUAAAAGUAAAUCCAGUGAUCAUAUAGUGUCAUGUGAUUCAGUCACGAAUUCAGUUAUUUUACGCAUGUCACCAAUGAUGCGAGAAAACAGAAAUUCCGAAAAACGAUAUUCUACUGGACAAAUCAGAGACGAAGUAUUAAAGCCUGAUAAAAAUAUGAAUACGAAAGACUCGCCUCUUUCUGCUGGAAGUAAAACAUGUAGAGGAAUUGACACAUGUCUUAACGACAAUCCUUCAGAUUACGUCCACAUUGCUACGUUUAAAUAUUUAAAAGAAGCAGAACUAUUUUUACUGAGACUGAAAGAAGUAAAAAAGACAGUGGCUGUGGAGAUCGACGUCAGCGAGACGAAAAUCAUCUCCAUAUCCUAUCAACAGUUGCAAAAUUUUAAUCAAGAGUUUAUGAUGCUGGACUUGAAGACCAGCAAUCAUAUGUUUUUCUUGAGGCCUUUCUAAAGGCGUCGUCUCCAAAAGGGUGUCACCAGUGCAAAGCUACACCGUUUUAAAGAAAAAACUUUGAAGAGAGGUGGAAAGUAAAUAUUAAUUUCCUCUAUCUGUCAGAGAAAAAAAUAUCUCCGUAAUAUUAUAGAGCUAGUCGCUCUGGAAAUUCGAAGUAUUCCGUGAAGUACGAAAUAAAGAUGGUUACUAAAUGUUACCUAGAAAAGCACGCAGAAAAAUAAAAACAAGAACGAUAUAUUCGGAUGUUUGCCAGAUUAAAUCCGAUAACGAAACUUGAUAACAUUAUUCUUGUGCGAACAAAUACUGUAUAUGAAAAAUACAAACAGACUUAAAUAUAUAAUAAACAUCAACACAAAAAUAAAAUACUUAUUUACACUACAA